CAACAGAACAACAGAGCAGCGAAGUCCGCAUCUUUCUUCCGUCACCAGCGACCAGACCACGCACGUCCGCCACCGAGGUCCGCGACAUUCCCUCCGUCGGUAGCCAAGCAGCGCGAGUUUUCCGCAGGAGUCCGCAUCUCCAUCGUCAUUCUCGUUUUCUUCCACGGCAACAUCGAGUUCGACACCCAACAUCAACAACAAUGGCAAGAAGGAAUCAGCCCGGUGAAGGGGAAGGCCCGAGCAACAUCCGUUAUUCCAUAAUUGACGGUAAAGCUCUUGACCCGCUACACUUUUCGCCCGAAAUAGUGAAUAUGCUGAAUUAUCAGGGCUUGUUGGAGCAAUUUCUGCGAAUUGAGAAUGUUGUGUAUCCCAAUUUGGUCAAUCAAUUCUAUCAGAACAUGAAAGUUAAGACCGUUAACCAAGUGCCCGUUCUCACUUCGAUAGUGAAGGGCGUAAGGAUUUCUUUUUGACCCACCCAAGUUGGCUAGGUUGCUCAAUUUACCGUUAGGAGGUGUCAGUGAGUAUGAGCGCAGUGCUUGGGUUGAGACACAGGAUGUGGGUUUCCGAGAUUACUUGAGGUAUAUGUUGGGACAGGAUGAGGGUAUUGCUUUAGACACUCGCCCCGAUAAGCAUAAUCUGAUUGGUGAGUAGAGGAUUCUGACUUUGUUGGUUGGAGAGAGUUUGUUGCCCAACCGAAACAACAGCAGGGAGGUUACGGCCAUAGAGUGUGCUUUCGCGUACUUCCUGACGCAUCGGGUGAAGUUUAAUUUGCCCAGUUUGAUGAUCUCACACAUGGACUUCUGCAAGACAGUCAAGAGGCGCAACCGGUCUUACGGGAUGGUUCUGAGUUGGAUAUUCCAGAAGAAGAGGGUCAAUGUAACCGGGGAGUUAGCAAGGCAGCCGGUUCACAGCACGUUCAAUGCACCGAGUCUGCAGUUUUCUGGGUUGUUUCAGGUAGAGGGGAAUGAGUAUAUCACGGCUCAUGAGCUGAGCAGGAUGCCAGCCGACGAGAGCAGGGAGCUGAUUGAGCGCUAUCACAUUCCACACAAGAGGUUGCGAGGUUUAGUUGCGCCUCAGCAGGCUGAGCAGGCAGGUGGUGAUGAGGAGGAUGACGAGUCUGAGGAGGAAGCUGAAGAAGAAGAGCCCGUGGGUGAGGCUGACCGAGAGCACCGGAGGAAGGAGCAGCACGAUCCCUUAGCUCCUACGCCACCAGUUGGCCCCGUACUCCGACAGCUGCAGGAGAUGCACCGUAUGGUUGAGGCGAGGUUCGAUUCGCUAGACUUGAGGGUGGAUCGUGGCUUCCAGCGUUUGGGCUUCAUCGAGGCCAAGCUAGGCAUUGAGGUGCCACCGGAGUAUCAGCAGCCUUGUCCUUAUCCCUAUCCUUAUCCACACCACGGUCCAGGCAGUUCUUCGCAGGGAGGCCACCCAGAUGAUCAAGAAGGUGGUGGGGCUUUGUGAUCAUUAUUGAAGCUUUGCUAGGUGGAAAGAGCUCCUUGAGGUAACCACUAUGUCCAUCAAAAUCUAUUUCUACACUCUUAUUCUAUAUGAUGUUCUUGGUGUUGGAAAUCCUAAAAUUUCUUGGUGCUUAGCCCUAUUUUUGGUUGUAUUUGUUGGAUUUCAUCUUGAUCUUUUGCCUAGUGUUGUUAUGAUCAUUGAUGGUUUGGAUUUCCAUAUUUUUGGCCUCUAAUUUGAUGAAAUGUUGGUGUA